AUGACCCGUGAUAUUAAACCCAUCAAAGUCUACGGCGGCUACUUUGGUCCCAAUCCCCUCAAAACAUGCAUCAUCCUCUCUGAACUAGACCUCCCCUAUGAAUGCGAAUUCAUCGAGUUCUUGGACGUCAAAAACCCCUCCUAUGUGCGCAUAAACCCCAACGGUCGUAUGCCCGCCAUCCAUGAUCCCAACACGGAUCUGACGCUCUGGGAAUCCGGCGCCAUCGUCGAAUAUCUGAUCGAGCAAUACGACCGCGACCACCGACUCAGUUUCCCCGCCGGCACUGCCGAGGCACAUCACGCGCGACAAUGGUUGCAUUUCCAGGCCUCCGGCCAGGGUCCAUACUACGGGCAGGCGGUCUGGUUCACGCGAUAUCACUCGGAGCGGCUCCCCAGUGCGGUGGAGCGGUAUGUGAAUGAGAUCAAGCGGGUGUCUGGGGUGGUAGAUAAGUGGUUGGAGGGACGAGAGUGGCUGGUUGGAGAUCGAUUGUCAUAUGCGGAUCUGGCCUGGGUGGCAUGGCAGGUUCUUGCACAGAAGGCUCUGAAGUCGGAGGGAUACGAUGAGAGUGAGUUUCCGCGGUUGCAGGCGUGGUUGACACGGAUGAAGGAGAGGGAGAAAGUGAAGGAAAUGUUGGAGAAGAAUGAGAAACUGAUGCAGGAGAAACAGAGGGGUUAA